CCUCCUUCUCCUUCUUCACCUCUUUAUCACGCAGUAGGAAAUAUUCUACCUGCCGCAUUUCUCCUCCAGCAUCCGCGACAACAUCGUCGUCGUCGUCGUCCUCGCCCGCAGAAGUUUACUGCGCGUCGCAUUCUCCACCACUGUCGCGUGAUAUUCAGGCGGCGCUUCGUCCAUUCAUCCACCAGAAAGACAACAACAACCACCACCAAAACCUUCCAUAAUGGCGGCCACCUGCUACGACCGGUAUUACAACCGAUACUACACAUGUAGCGCCUGGGACCGCUACGGUCGUUGGGUCUUCCUCGGCUGCAUCAUCCUGUUCGCCCUGUUCAUCUUCUUCCUUGGAAGCUGCAUCUCCGCCCGCCGCCGCCGCAAGCUGGGCUACCAGCCCUACCGCGGCACCGCCUGGACGCUCGGCCGCGGCCCCGCCGCCCACGGCCAAGCGACCUACAACCCGAACUCCCAGAACCAAUACCAACAACAGCAACAACAACAACAGCCAUACUAUAACAACACCGCCGCACCGCAAUACAACGCCACCGGCCACAACGGCUACUACGGCAACGACAACAACGCCGGCGUCCAGCAGCCCGGCGCGACAUACGGCGGCUACAACUCCGGCGCGCCGCAGUAUGCGCCGCCGCCGGGAAAGCCGCCAGGUCACUAGAUUGAGCGUUGUCGGACGUGACGAGUUGAGGGGAUUUCGCGAGAGGCGGGAUGGGAAAAAUGCGAAGGCGCGCUGUUGUUGGUUUUUUCACGGAGGGCGGUCUGAUGAUUAGGAUUGUGUUACGAUAAUGUGCGAUCGUUCGUUAGCAGGCAGUUUAAUGGGGACA